GUUCAGGGGAGUUUCCUGCGAGCUCGGCUUCCUCAACAUGGCAGCGCCCUUGUCAGUGGAGGUGGAGUUCGGAGGUGGUGCGGAGCUCCUAUUUGAUGGUGUAAAAAAACAUCAAGUCACCUUGCCUGAGCAGGAGGAGCCCUGGGACAUCCGGAACCUCCUCAUCUGGAUCAAGAAGAAUUUGCUAAAAGAGCGGCCAGAGCUGUUCCUCCAGGGAGACAGUGUGCGACCAGGAAUUCUGGUGCUGAUUAAUGAUGCCGACUGGGAAUUGCUGGGUGAGCUGGACUACCAGCUGCAGGACCAGGACAGCGUCCUCUUCAUUUCCACGCUGCAUGGAGGCUGAGGGCCCCUCUCUUCCUCGGCACCCUUGCAGGGGGAGAACGGAACAGACAGACAUCCCCUUGGGCCCAGCCUUCAGGUCUCCCUGUCCCCCGUGGCUGCCUUCUUCCCUGCUCUAUCCCCCAAGCUCCCUCCAGGCAGGGAAAAGAGGCCAGGUGCUAAAAAUGAGCCUUUCUCAGGCACGUGAGCAGGGGAAAGCAGGCAGUCAGGCUCCUGAGCCCAGAGCUCCUUCCCAGCAGCUGAGGUGGGGGAGGGUGCCCCUCUGGUGUGUCAGGAGCAGAGGGGGGCCGUGUGGCCAGGUGAUCCAGCUGCCUUCCAUUCCUGUCUCAGUCUGAGCACUGAGUGACUGCCAACGAGCACUCCAGCUCAUGGCCACAUUUGUGGAGAAGAUGGAUGGACCUGAAUAACUGAUGGGAAACUCCUCCCUUCCCAAAGACUGGAAGAGUCUCCGCCUCAGUUUCCCCAUCUGGACAGCAGAGGGCUCUGUCUGUCCCCCACUGAUAUCAUUAUGGAACCCCAGCUGGGGUCCCCUAUUCAAUACUGACUCCCUCCCCCUCACCCAGCAGCUGCUAUCCCAGCCACACCCCUCCUCCUGCUCCCCCCACCCCCAGCCCUUGACCCUGGCUGGCCUCCCCCACACACACAGGCCACCAGAUGGGCUCCUGAGACCCUCACCAGGCUGUCUAUAGUUCAUUCUUCUGUGGGUGGAGAAGAAGAGGAAGUAGCCCAACCUCCGAUUAGCCAAUAGAGGCCUGGGGGGAGGGUUUCAAUCUGCCUCAGUUUCCUUCUCUACACUAACUGAAUAUUCAUAAUACCUGAAAGCCAAGGAGAUAUAUGAUGGCACAGAUGUAAAGUCUAUAUCCCUUCCCACCUCCUGCAGAAAGCAGGGUCGGAGCAAGCAGCACCUGGUAGGCAGAGGGGUUUACCCCCUCCCUCUGUCUGUUUUGGAAGUCUGGGGUCCUUGGGGCCUGCAACAGCUGGCCUUGAGCAAAUAAAAGACUAGGGUUGUUUACUA